AACUUUUGACCUUCUGCUCAUCUCCAGGCAACUAUGUUUUGUGUCAACUGUCCGUAAAAUUGUGUCAUUUCGUGGGGGUUUAUCAAAUUUUUCGUAAUGGAACUAGUUUCGGCCCCAAAUCCUCAUUUCAUUCCGGGAUAUACCGGCUUUUGUCCUCAAUACAAGUACCGAAUCGGCGAUACUUAUGGUACUACCACCCAUAAAGUCCUCCUAGACCCUACAGUUCACCAUGCGGAAAAAUUGGUACUUUCGGACCGACUUACGGACGACUACCAAGUGGUACGACCUCCACAGAAAGACAUUGAUAUUGUCAAUGCUCGAGCUGUGACCAAUGACACGAUUUACAAGCAUCCCAUUAUUCCAGGAUAUGAAGGGUUUGUGCCACGUGAACACAAUCUCAUGGGUCAGCGGUUUACGGUUCAAGCAACCGAGGCGUUAUCCGAGUUUGAAAAGCUUCAAAGUGCUGAUAAAACGGCACUGAAUGAGCUGCUGAGAAUUGGGGCAGUGCAGGACGCUAAGUGGUACCCCAACACACUAUCAGAUCGCGAGUUGACUGUAACCCAAUUUAAAUUGCCUUUGACCGACGUUCGGCCCGAAUGUGCUGGUAUUUUGCGUAAUCUGCCCCAAGUGGAACCCCCACUGACCCCACCACGCCAUUCCCCAAGUCCCUAUUUCAUGGAUAACAUAGAUCCGGAGAAAUAUUUCAAAAAAGGUUUUGCGGGUCAUGUGCCCUUUGGGUACGCUUCGUUCGGAAAAGUGAACGAAGCAAUGACAAAUAGUGCCCUUUGUGAUUUCACCUCGAAUUAUAGGAAACGGUUGAGUACCGAAUGGGCCCCUGUGACUAUCAGUCGGGCUGAUCCGCCCCUGUUGAUACAACCAUCAGAGAUUUACCAUAAACAUAUCGGGCAGUUGCCCAAUUAUGGGGGGCAUAUACCUGGGGCCAUUUUCAGGUUUGGGAAAACUUACGGGAAUGAUUCCAGAGAUGCCAAAAGGUGGUUACGAGGAGAUUAUAGUUAAAAUUUUUGUAUUUUUGUUGGAAAUGAUAAAAUUUUCGAGAAU